AUGUCCAACCCCACUCAGAUCUUCGCAGAAGACGUGACCGAGGAGAAGGGCGAGAAUGCGCGUCUCUCGGCCUUUGUAGGUGCGAUCGCGGUCGGCGACCUGGUGAAGAGCACAUUGGGCCCAAAGGGCAUGGACAAGAUAUUACAGUCUGCGUCUACGGGUGAAAUUAUGGUCACCAACGACGGUGCUACCAUCCUGAAAGCGAUUGCCCUCGACAACGCCGCUGCGAAAGUGCUAGUCAACAUCUCCAAAGUCCAAGAUGACGAGGUUGGCGACGGAACUACCUCAGUCACUGUUCUUGCCGCUGAACUGCUUCGCGAGGCGGAGAAGCUGGUCGACCAGAAGAUCCACCCCCAGACUAUCAUCGAGGGAUACAGGAUAGCCAGCAAUGCGGCGCUGAAGCAGCUGGAGAAGAUUGCCGUAGACCACAGCAAUGAUGAGACGGCUUUCCGGAAAGAUCUCGAGUCCAUUGCCCGUACUACGCUGAGCUCCAAGGUUCUGUCCCAGGACCGAGAACAGUUUGCCAAGCUCGCAGUAGACGCCGUCCUCAAGCUGGGUGGAUCGACCGACCUCACACACAUUCAGAUCAUCAAGAAGGCGGGCGGAAAGCUCAAGGACUCAUACCUCGACGAGGGCUUCAUUCUCGACAAGAAGUUUGGUGUCAACCAGCCCAAGAGGAUAGAGAAUGCCAAGAUUCUGGUUGCAAACACAGCCAUGGAUACGGACAAGAUCAAGAUCUUCGGCGCAAGAGUAAAGGUUGACUCAACUGGCAAGCUAGCCGAACUGGAGAAGGCUGAGCGUGAGAAGAUGAAGGCCAAGGUUGAGCGUAUCAAGGCACACGGCAUCAACUGCUUCGUCAACCGACAGCUCAUCUACAACUGGCCCGAGCAGCUGUUUGCGGAUGCGGGCAUCUGCUCCAUUGAGCACGCCGACUUUGAUGGCAUUGAGCGAUUGGCCCUUGUCACUGGUGGUGAGAUUACGUCGACAUUCGACCACCCUGAGAAUGUCAAACUUGGCCACUGCGACUUGGUUGAAGAGGUCAUCAUUGGAGAGGAUGUGCUGAUCAGGUUCUCCGGUAUCAAUGCAGGACGAGCAUGCACUAUCGUUCUCCGUGGUGCUACUGAGCAACUACUCGAUGAGGCCGAGCGGUCGCUACACGAUGCGCUUGCAGUGCUGUCACAAACUAUCAAGGAGCCAAGGACGACCCUUGGUGGUGGCUGCGCUGAGAUGAACAUGGCAAAAGCCGUAAUGGAAGCUGCACAGAACGUGGCUGGCAAGAAGGCUAUUGCCGUUGAAUCCUUCUCCAAGGCUCUCCAACAACUCCCCACCAUCUUGGCUGACAACGCCGGUUUUGACUCUAGCGACCUAGUCACACGGCUCCGCAAAGCAGUCUACUCAGGCUUGACCAGCUCGGGCUUAGAUCUCCUGUCACCCGGAGGUGGCAUUACAGACAUGAGGGAGCUAGGCGUAAUCGAGAGUUAUAAGUUGAAGCGCGCCGUGGUGUCAUCGGCCUCUGAAGCAGCAGAACUUCUUUUGCGAGUAGACAACAUCAUCCGAAGCGCACCGCGGAGACGUGAACGCAUGUAAGGGUGAGGUGAGCAGAGCAAGCUUGGUGUUGCAACGCGUUCAGCACUAGAUAGGGUGUAGAUCACAACGACAUGAAUGCAGUCAGACACAAGCACAAGCAUGAGUACUUGGUCUCCCUC